AUGACAUUCAUUCUCUCUUGGGUCUGGGCUUCAUGUAACAAGCAGCAACGGGAUGUUAUUUUAAAAUAAGCAAAAGCCACCAAAAGAUCCUUGUCCGGAUCCUUGUUUGAGAGGAAGAGUUGGUUGAGAAGUGCUCCUUGGUCAGGAUUACCCAAGGGAAAAAUCCAGCAGGAAGAGAAAAUCUGUGGGUUUCUUACCCCAGCCCCCAGGAAAGCUAUGCCAUGAAAAAGCUUCUGACCCAUUGACACGCAGCAAGUUGGACGGGGAACCAAUUCUUCUUUCGAGGGUUGGAGGAAAAGAGAGGAAUUCUCUUGUCUGUGGCAUUUGAAGGAUGGCUUCCCAGCUUCAUCAGCUUCGGGUCCUGGUCUGGAAAAAUUGGCUAGGUGUCAAAAGGCAGCCGAAGACCACGUGACAACAAGAAUUCAUCCUGGGGAAGAUAUUUUUAAAUCAUAUUUAGCAGAGAAUUGCUGAAGGAACUGGCAUUGGUACCCAUGAGGAGAGAGGACUUUGUCUCUAUUUGAAUACUUAAAGAAUUCUCCUGUGAAAAGGGAAGCCAAACUAAGACAAAUGACUGACAGUCAUGGGAAGGAAGACAUCACCUUGAUAUGAGCAAAAAAAUCAAUCUCUGGACACUUAUCUUGAUUUUAUGGCCAGUUAUUAUUUUCAUAAUUUUGGCUAUUACCCGGACCAAAUUUCCUCCAAAACCAAACCCAACUUGUUACCUUGCACCUCGAAACCUUCCUAGUACUGGCUUCUUCCCAUUCCUGCAAACCCUACUCUGUGAUACAGACUCUAAAUGCAAAGACACGCCCUAUGGGCCAAAAGAUCUGCUUCGCAGGAAAGGAAUUGAUCAUGCACUAUUUAAAGACAGUGAAAUUCUAAGAAAGUCAUCCAACCUGGAGAAGGACAGCAAUUUAUCACUCCAGAGCACUGAAGUUCCAGAAGAAAGGCACUCAUCACUGGCCACAGUAUUUCCUAGUCCAAGUUCUGAUCUGGAAAGCACUGGAACAGAUACUUUCAAUGGUAGUCAAGUGUUUGCCCGGAUCCUUAGCUUGGAAAAGCUUUUACAGCAAAAUUCAACUACAGAAGAUAUACGAAGAGAACUGUGUGAGAGCUAUCCAGGAUAUACUGCUGAUUAUGCCUUCUCCUGGACCACUCUAGGGAAAAAUGUUUUUAACAUAUUUUGUCUGUACAACAUGACCCUUUUAGAGUCUUCUCUCCAAGAACUAAGAAACCAGCUCUCUCAGCUAUCAAGUGAUCCCAACAACCAGAAGACAGUGUUUCAGGAAAUGGUCAAAGUACUGUCCUUCUUCUCACAAGUGCAAGAGCAGACAGCUGUGUGGCAGCUUCUCUCCAGUUUUCCAAAUGCAUUCCAGAAUGACACGACACUAAGCAAGCUAUUUGAUGUUCUUCAAAACGCGAACAGUGCGCUGCUGGUCGUGCAGAAGGUUUAUCCACGUGUCACAACUAACGAAGGUUUCAGAACUCUCCAUAAAUCUGUUAAACAUCUGCUGUACACUCUGGACUCUCCAUCUCAAGGUGACUCUGAUAAUACAACACAUGUGUGGAAUGAGGAAGAUGGACAGUCACUAUCCCCAAGCAGCCUGGCUGCACAGCUCCUAAUACUGGAAAACUUUGAAGAUGCCCUCUUAAAUAUAUCAGCAGGUAGUCCUUAUAUUCCUUACUUGGCAUGUGUGAGAAACAUCACUGACAAUUUGGCCAGGGAAUCAAAAGAAAAUUUAAGACUGCUGCACUCUACAAUUCGGUAUAAAAAAUCUUCUCUUCAAAAUGGUUCCUAUGAGGAUUACUUCCCUCCAGUUCCUGAAGUCUUGAAAUCAAAACUGUCUCAACUUCGAAACUUGACCAAACUUCUUUGUGAACCUGAAACUUUCAAUUCAAUAGAGAAAAUGUGCCAGCUCUCCAGUACGGACUUUAGGAGCCUGUGUGAAGAGAGUGCGUUUCACAUACAACUCCUCGAAGCAGCAGAGGUUGGCAUUGAAAUAGCCACCAGCUUACUGUAUCAGGACACUAUUCUCUCUGAAAAACUGAGGGAUUUGCUUUCUGGGGAUUCAAGCAAAAUUAAUUUAGAUAUGGAUCGGUUUCUAGAGGAGGCAUUGCAAAUGAAUUACUUGGAAAAUAUCACACGGUUAAUGCCCACCAUAGACGCUGUGCUGCAUGUCAAUAACAGUGCAGACACCUCUGAAAAACCAGGUCAGUUAAUAGAAAUGUUUAAAAAUGUUGAAGAGCUGAAAGAAGAGCUGAGGAGAACAACAGGAUUGUCCAAUAGGAGUAUCGACGAUUUGCUGGCCAUUCCCAUCCCUGACAACAGAGCUGAGAUUAUUUCUCGUGUGUUCUGGCUGCAUUCUUGUGAUGCUAAUGUGACCAAUCCCAAAUUGGAAGAGGCAGUGAAGGAAUUCUGCAGCAUGCCUCUUUCAGAGAGAUCCCGUCUGUCUUACCUCAUUGGACUCACGCUUCUGCACUACUUAGACAUUUACAACUUUACAUACAAGGUGUUUUUCCCUAAGGAAAAUCAGAAGCCAGUAGAAAAGAUGAUAGAACUCUUCAUAAGACUAAAGGAGAGUCUCAGUCAGAUGGCUUCUGGCACACGACCACUGCUAGACAAAAUGAGAUCCCUGAAACAAAUGCACCUGCCCAGAAGUUUUCCAUUAACACAGGCAAUGUACAGAAACAACCGGAAAAACACUCCCCAAGGAUCAUUUAGUACCAUUUCCCAAGCACUGUGCUCCCAAGGAAUUACCACUGAAUAUUUAGUUGCCAUGCUGCCCUCUUCUCAGAGGCAGGGAGGCAACCACCCCAAGGAUUUUUUGACCCAUAAAUUAAGUAAAGAACAAAUUGCUGCAAAAUACAGAAUUCCCUUACAUGCCACACCAUUUUGCUUUUCCCUUUAUAAAGACAUCAUUAAUAUGCCUGCUGGACCUGUGAUUUGGGCUUUCUUGAAACCCAUGCUGUUGGGAAAGAUUCUGUAUGCACCAUAUACCCCCGUCACAAAGGCAAUAAUGGAAAAGUCUAAUGCAACUCUGAGGCAGCUGGCAGAUUUAAGAGAAAAAUCUCAAGAGUGGAUGGAUAAGUCACCACUUUUCAUGAAUUCCUUCCACCUGUUAAACCAGACGAUUCCAAUGCUCCAGAAUACACUAAGAAACCCCUUUGUGCAAGUUUUUGUAAAAUUCUCCGUGGGACUUGAUGCAGUUGAACUAUUGAAACAGAUAGACGAACUCGAUACUCUAAGGCUGAAAUUAGAGAACGGCAUUGACCUCAUUGAUCAUCUUAACACACUGUCUUCCCUGACAGUAAAUAUUUCUUCCUGUGUUUUAUAUGACCGUAUUCAGGCAGCAGAAAGCAUAGAGGAAAUGGAAAGAGAGGCUAAAAGACUCUACAAGAGCAAUGAACUCUUUGGAAGUGUUAUUUUUCAGCUUCCUUCUAAUAGAAGCCAGCACAGAAGCUAUGACUCAGAAAACAUCUCUCUUCCUCCUGUUGUAAAAUAUACCAUCCGCAUGAGUCUCAAGACCUCACAGACCACAAGAAGCAUGAGAAACAAGAUUUGGGCCCCGGGGCCACACAAUUCUCCAUCAAACAACCAGAUCUAUGGCAGAGCUUUUGUUUACUUACAGGAUAGUAUUGAAAGAGCAAUCAUUGAAUUGCAGACUGGAAGGAACUCCCAGGAAAUAGCAGUCCAGGUGCAAGCCAUUCCUUAUCCCUGCUAUAUGAAAGACAACUUCCUAACCAGUGUCUCUUAUUCUCUUCCAAUCGUGCUCAUGGUUGCCUGGGUUAUAUUUAUAGCUGCAUUUGUAAAAAAGCUUGUUUAUGAAAAAGACCUCCGACUUCAUGAGUACAUGAAAAUGAUGGGUGUAAACUCCUGCAGCCACUUUUUUGCCUGGCUCAUAGAGAGUGUGGGAUUUUUACUGGUUACCAUCAUCAUCCUCAUCAUCAUACUCAAGUUUGGCAACAUUCUUCCUAAAACAGAUGGGUUCAUUUUGUUCCUGUAUUUUUCGGACUACAGCUUCUCAGUUCUUGCCAUGAGCUAUCUUAUUAGUGUCUUUUUCAACAACACCAACAUUGCAGCUCUGAUCGGAAGCCUCAUCUACAUCAUUGCCUUUUUUCCAUUUAUUGUUCUGAUCACAGUUGAGAAUGAGUUGAGCUAUAUGAUGAAAGUAUUCAUGAGCCUGCUGUCCCCAACAGCUUUCAGUUAUGCAAGUCAGUACAUUGCACGCUAUGAGGAGCAGGGCAUUGGUCUUCAGUGGGAAAAUAUGUACAGUUCCCCAGUUCAGGAUGACACCACUUCGUUUGGCUGGCUAUGCUGUCUCAUCCUAGCUGACUCUUUCAUUUAUUUCCUUAUUGCUUGGUAUGUCAGGAACGUUUUCCCAGGUACAUAUGGUAUGGCAGCUCCGUGGUAUUUUCCAUUCCUUCCUUCCUACUGGAAGGAGCGCUUUGGAUGUGCAGAAGUGAAGCAUGAGAAAAGCAAUGGCCUUAUGUUUACUAACAUCAUGAUGCAGAACACCAACCCAUCUGUCAGUAAGACAAGUCCUGAAUACAUGUUUCCCUCCAACACUGAGCCUGAACCUAAAGAUCUCACAGUUGGGGUUGCCCUGCAUGGGGUCACAAAGAUUUAUGGCUCAAAAAUUGCUGUUGAUAACCUCAAUCUGAACUUUUAUGAAGGACAUAUUACUUCAUUGCUGGGGCCCAAUGGAGCUGGGAAAACUACUACCAUCUCCAUGUUGACCGGGCUGUUUGGGGCCUCAGCAGGUACCAUCUUCGUUUAUGGAAAAGAUAUCAAAACGGAUCUACACACCGUGCGGAAGAACAUGGGGGUGUGCAUGCAGCAUGAUGUCUUGUUCAGUUACCUCACCACCAAGGAGCACCUUCUCUUAUACGGCUCCAUCAAAGUUCCUCACUGGACCAAAAAGCAGUUGCACGAGGAAGUGAAAAGGACUUUAAAAGAUACUGGACUGUAUAGCCAUCGUCAUAAGAGAGUUGGAACGUUGUCAGGAGGAAUGAAGAGGAAGUUAUCCAUAUCCAUAGCUCUUAUUGGAGGAUCGAGGGUGGUGAUUUUGGAUGAACCAUCCACUGGAGUUGACCCAUGCUCUCGCCGAAGUAUAUGGGAUGUUAUAUGCAAGAACAAAACUGCCAGGACAAUCAUUCUGUCGACACACCACUUGGACGAGGCUGAAGUGCUGAGUGACCGCAUUGCCUUCCUGGAGCAGGGUGGGCUGCGCUGCUGCGGGUCACCAUUUUAUCUCAAGGAAGCAUUUGGGGACGGAUAUCACCUCACACUCACCAAGAAAAAGAGUCCAAAUCUAAAUGCAAGUACAGCAUGUGACACGACAGCCGUGACAGCAAUGAUCCAAUCACAUCUCCCUGAAGCCUACCUCAAGGAGGACAUCGGGGGAGAGCUUGUCUAUGUGCUUCCUCCAUUUAGCACCACAGUCUCGGGGACCUAUCUUUCACUCCUGAGAGCACUGGACAAUGGCCUGGGUGACCUCAACAUCGGGUGCUAUGGCAUCUCAGAUACCACUGUGGAAGAGGUCUUUCUGAACUUGACUAAAGAGUCACAAAAAAAUAUGAGUCUUGAGCACUUAACACAAAAGAAAAUUGGAAAUUCCAGCACCAAUGGCAUCUCAACUCCUGAUGAUUUAUCUGUGAGCAGCAGCAAUUUCACAGACAGAGAUGACAAAAUCUUGACCAGAGGAGAGAGAUCGGAUGGAUUUGGACUGUUAAUGAAAAAGAUAGUGGCUAUACUGAUUAAGAGGUUCCACCACACCCGCAGGAACUGGAAAGGUUUCAUAGCUCAAGUUGUUCUCCCCAUCGUCUUUGUAACCACUGCCAUGGGCCUUGGCACCCUGAGAAGUUCCAGCGACAGCUAUCCAGAGAUCCAGAUCUCCCCGUUUCUUUAUGGUACCUCUGAACAGACAUCCUUCUAUGCAAAUUAUCACCCAAGCACAAAAGAACUGGUCUCAGCAAUAUGGAGCUUUCCUGGCAUUGACAACAUAUGUUUGAAUUUCAGUGAUCUAAGGUGUUUAAAGAAAGACAGUCUGGAAAACUGGAACAGCAGUGGAGAACCUAUCACUAAUUAUGGUGUUUGCUCCUGCUCAGAAAAUAUCCAGGAAUGUCCUAAAUUUAACUAUUCUCCACCUCACAGAAGAACUUAUUCUUCCCAAGUAAUUUAUAACCUCACUGGGCACCACUUGGAAAAUUAUCUUAUAUCAACUGCUAAUAAGUUUACCCAAAAAAGGUACGGAGGUUGGAGUUUUGGGCUGCCUUUGACUAAAGACCUUAGUUUUGAUAUAACAACAGUUCCUGCUAAUAGAACACUUACCAAGGUAUGGUAUGAUCCAGAAGGCUAUCACUCCCUUCCAGCUUACCUCAACAGCUUGAAUAAUUUCCUCCUGCGAGUUAACAUGUCAAAAUACGAUGCUGCCCGACACGGUAUCAUCAUGUAUAGCCAUCCUUAUCCAGGAGUCCAAGACCAAGAACAAGCCACAAUAAGCAGCUUAAUCGAUAUUUUAGUGGCGCUCUCCAUCCUGAUGGGCUACUCUGUCACCACUGCCAGCUUUGUCACCUAUGUUGUACGGGAGCAUCAAACCAAAGCCAAGCAGCUGCAGCACAUUUCAGGCAUUGGUGUCACAUGCUAUUGGGUAACAAACUUCAUUUAUGACAUGGCGUUCUACUUGGUGCCUGUAGCAUUUUCAAUUGGUGUUAUUGCAAUUUUCAAGUUACCUGCCUUCUACAGUGAAAACAACCUAAGCGCUGUCUCUCUCCUACUUCUGCUGUUUGGGUAUGCCACAUUUUCCUGGAUGUAUUUGCUGGCUGGGCUCUUCCAUGAAACAGGAAUGGCUUUCAUCACUUACGUCUGCAUCAACCUUUUUUUUGGCAUCAAUUCCAUUGUUUCCCUGUCAGUGGUGUACUUUCUUUCCAAGGAAAAGCCUAAUGAUAUGACUUUAGAACUUAUUUCUGAAACCCUCAAGCGCAUUUUCCUGAUUUUCCCGCAAUUCUGUUUUGGCUAUGGUUUGAUUGAACUUUCUCAACAACAGUCGGUCCUGGACUUCUUAAAAGCAUACGGAGUAGAAUAUCCAAAUGAAACCUUUGAGAUGGAUAAACUAGGCGCAAUGUUUGUGGCUUUGGUUUCUCAGGGAACCAUGUUCUUUUUCUUGCGACUUUUAAUCAAUGCGUGGCUGAUUAAUAAACUCAGACUCUUCUUCAGAAAAUUUCAUUCUUCAUCUGUUAUUGAGACAAUAGAUGAAGAUGAAGAUGUGCGGGCUGAGAGAUUUAGAGUUGAGAAUGGUGCAGAUGAAUAUGACCUGGUCCAACUCCAUCAUCUCACAAAGACCUACCAGCUUAUCCACAAAAAGAUUAUAGCUGUAAAUAACAUCAGCCUUGGGAUACCUGCUGGGGAGUGCUUUGGCCUUCUUGGGGUGAAUGGAGCAGGAAAGACCACCAUCUUCAAGAUGCUGACUGGCGACAUAAUUCCUACAAGUGGAAACAUUCUGAUCAGAAAUAAGAUUGGGUCUCUGGCUCACACUGACUCUCACAGCUCAUUAAUUGGCUACUGUCCUCAGGAAGAUGCUUUGGAUGACCUGUUAACCGUGGAAGAGCAUUUGUAUUUCUAUGCCAGGAUACACGGAAUUCCAGAAAAAGAUAUUAAAGAAACUGUUCACAAACUCCUUGGGAGACUUCACCUGAUGCCCUACAAGGACAAAGCUACCUCUAUGUGUAGUUACGGCACAAAAAGAAAAUUAUCCACUGCACUGGCAUUGAUAGGGAAACCUUCGAUUCUCUUGCUGGAUGAGCCAAGCUCUGGGAUGGAUCCUAAGUCAAAACGGCACCUCUGGAAGAUCAUUUCAGAAGAAGUACAGAAUAGAAGUUCCGUCAUCCUCACUUCUCACAGCAUGGAAGAAUGUGAAGCUCUCUGUACCAGAUUGGCCAUCAUGGUGAAUGGAAGAUUCCAAUGUAUUGGAUCAUUGCAGCAUAUUAAGAGCAGGUUUGGACGAGGAUUUACUGUCAAGGUCCACGUGAAGAAUGCCAAAGUGAGCAUGGAGCCCCUCACAAGGUUCAUGCAACUGCACUUUCCAAAAACAUACUUAAAAGAUCAGCACCUCAGCAUGCUAGAGUAUCAUGUGCCGGUCACCGCAGGAGGAGUAGCAAACAUUUUUGAUCUGCUGGAAACCAACAAGACUGCUUUAAAUAUCACAAAUUUCUUAGUGAGUCAGACUACUCUGGAAGAGGUUUUCAUCAACUUUGCCAAAGACCAAAAGUGCUAUGAAACUGCUGAUACCAGUAGCCAAGGCUCCACCAUAAGCACUGACUCACAAGAUGACCGGCUGUAGUCUUAGUACCUCCAGCAAACUCAAUCUCAGCAAAUGACCAAUGGCUGCAUUUUGAGGAAGAGCCACAGAAGAUACAAAUUCCUCAAAAUAUCUCAAAGUAUUAUUCUGUAUUGGAAAGCUACAAUUGUGUAAGACUAGCCAGUAACUAUAAAUGAAAAGUUUUCUUUCUAAGGUCAGUGAAUGUUUUUGCUAAGGUGAAUUCCUGUCUACCCAACACUGUGAGCACGCUAGUGUGUAAGUUGCUGACUCUUAUGGAAAGGUGCAACCACUGAAGAUGAAUGUCUUAAUUUAUUACUUUCAAUAAAAAGAAGGCUUAAAAGGCAUGGUUAUUAGCAGUUGAAAAGUAAGAGUGGAGAAGAAAAGUAAGGUACUUUAGGGUAGGUAGAAUUGGGAGAGCAAACAAAACAAUUUAUUUUUAGAAAAUAACAGAAUGACCGUCAUCAUGCGUACGCGAGUCUAUUGUGACAUGUAAAGUGCCAAGGGCCAGGUUAACAUUGGCAGUAAGGAGUGGGCACAACGUCCGGAGAGUGUGUGUAUGUCCUUUUCAGUACCUGCGAAUACAUGGGGACACACUGACCCCCCUGAAAAAUGCCUUUCUGCAAGAAGGCUGUCAGAGGGCAGUUUACCCUGGUGGUAAACAGAACUUAGCUUUAUUCCUGCACUGCCUUGCCGGUAGUGAGGCACAGGGCAGAGCAAGUAGCUGCUUGCUCUUUGGGGGAAAUGGGCGUGUCAGCUGGGCAGAUGCAAAUCCUGAGGGAAGAUAGGGAAUUCAUGUGCUGCUGGCAGGCAACAUUUUUUAAAGCUGUUACAGAAAGCCUCCUAUCCUGGGUCUCUCUGCAGGAAACACUCCUGUGGAGGGAAAAUGAAUAUGUGGAUAAUUUUCAGCUGACCCAGAAUCGUAUAUAUGGCUAUAGAAUAGACUUUGUAAUAAUGCCAAAUUAUAUGGCCCUUGGGGAAGGUGCUUUAUAUAACGUGUGUGUGUGUGUGUGUGUGUGUGUGUGUGUGUGUGUGUGUGUGUGUCUAUGUAAGUUUGCCGCUUUGGCAAAACUGUUUCUGUUUUGAAAAUCUAUAAAAUCAACAUUUAGUAAAAACAAUUCAUGAAGUCAUUUCAUUUGUUACGGAAGAGCCAGGAACUUAAAAAUUGGAGUCAUAUGGAUGACAAGGUCCCAUGGGAGCUGGCCGCUGCUUCCUUCUCCACCUUCAUCGCGUUCUUUCUCCUCUUCCUCUAUAAGGUGUAGCCAUGCUGGCCUCUUUUUGCUUUUUCCAGUGUACCAAACUCCUUCCUCUCUCCACACCUUUGCAUGUAUUUUCACAUGUCUCCCUGCUUGAAAUGCCCUUCCCCCACAAUUUAUGCCUAGCUAACAGUCUUCAGAAAUGUUGUUCUUUCUCAGAGAAGCUUUCCUUCCUAGUUCUUGUUUAAAUCUAAUCCCCUAGUCCUAAAACUGUACUCUAUUGUUCUUCCUAAUUUUCUGUUAGAGCGUGCAUCCUAAUUUGUAAUAUAUCCAGAUUAACAAUAUAUACCUUAACAGAUGGCAACAGAAUUUCCCUUAGGAUAGAAAUUACCCUUGUUGAACAUAAUACAUAAAUAAGCCUUUUGGAGGAUGGGUCCCUUCAGGAGUCCAAACAAGCAAAACAUGGUCAGGCUCCAUGAAAGAAUGAAGGGAUUUGGUUAUGGUUCAUUGUGUUUGUUAUUAUGGUGGUUGGUUGCUUGCUCCUGAGCAGUUGCAGGAAGGGCAACACAGAGGGAGGAGAGAAAGGAAGUGGAGAAAGAAGGAGCCAGUGAGAUGGUGGAAGGCUGAGUACUGAAGAGAGAUAAAAGUUCAAUGAGAAACUGAGUGGUUGAAUGAACUUUUAAAACCAUGAAUAUCCAGAUAUGUUUUCACAUUCUUUUGCGGUGCAGCCAUGCUGUGGACUGUCCUCCUACUCCUAAGUCUUGGUUAAAGUCAGUCAUACUUACAAAUGCUUUAUGUGAAUGAGUGUCUACCGGAAAUCAAGGAAGGGAUGAGUUAAUGUCUUCUUUGAAAGAGUCACAGAACAAUGCCUGCUUCACCACAGAGCAGGAGCAGCCUGGCGGGAGGGGAGACUGGGAGUUGGAGGGGUCCAGAUAUGUGCUGAGUGGAGAUUCUGACCCCCCAGGACGUGGAUCUGGGAGGUUCCAGCCAAUCUCGUCUGCCUCUCAGUAGACAGGAAGUCCAAACUGGCCUCUGGAUGACAGGGAUUACAUUUUUGAGUGUUUAUUUAGUAUUUCUCUCCCUCACUAGACGUGAAGCUCUGUGAGGACAGGAGACCUACUUUGAUCUUCCUAGUUUUCCCAUCAGUACCCACACACACAAUAGAUAUUGAGUGGCACUCAAUAAAGAUUUGUUGGUUAAAUGGAUGAAUAAAUAAAUGAAUGAGAAACAAAAGAGAAGCAGGCAUGUUUGGCAUGGAAACCAAGCAUAUUUAUUCUGUUUAAAUCUAUGAAAUGCAGUCAAGUUUCCCAUGAUGUCGUUUAUUCAUGGAGAAGAAAAAGGAAAGACAAUGCUUUAUUCCAUAAUACAGAUAUUACAGCAAAUCUACUGGAAUAGGAGGAUUUGGGUACCUUCUCUGGAAUUGGAAUUCUAAUGCUUUGCUGUUGUACAUUCCUGCACAUUCAUUUCUUCUUCAUCUCUUUGUCUGCAAGGAUGUACUGUGUAAGAGUUUCACGAUGCACUUUUACAUUUAAGUAAGGAACAUACAUAAAAAACUCUUUGAACCCACAUCCCUUUGGGCUUCUCUGCAGUAGAGAAAAUGUUUUGAGAAUUCCCAUUUCUCAGAGGACUGCCUCCACUCUGGAAAACCUGUACAGAAUCUGCUUUUUCAUGUGAGUUACCUCAAUUACCUCUGAGGAUUGUGGCCAUCUUCACUUCACCUAUAAAACCAGAUUUUCAUAAUAUUAAAACAUUUGGGAAAAUGAUAUGUACAACUACCUUCCCCAGAUAUGCUCUCUGCCUAAAUGAUUCAUUCUUCUCCUCAGAGAUGAUAAUUCCCUAGACAACAGCAGAUGCCCUCCUGGGCAAGGGUGAGGGUGAUGCGGCAGGCAUGCAUCCUCUUACCCCCUGGGGACCCUGGGAGCCUGCUUGCUUUAUUAAGGAUCCAGCAAGCCUGAAGGACCACUCUGGCAGCUGUGGAGGACAGACUGCUGGGAGGCAAAGCAGAAGUCAGGACAAGCUAGGAAACGAGCCCAGUAGAGUAAAGGUGGCAGCUGCAGAAAUGGCACGACACGGUCAGAUUCUGGAUAUAAUUUGAAGGCGUAACUGACAGGACUUGCUGCCAGAUUAGUGAGAAAUGUGUAAGAAAAAAAAAAAAAGAGCCAAGAAUGAACCCUAGGGUUUUGACCUGAGCAACUGGAUAAACAGAAUUGUCGUUUAUUGGAGAAUGCGGAAACUAGAGAGGCAAAGGCAGGGUUAGGAGGGGAAAUCAAGAGCUGGGUUUAAGGCACGUUAAGGUUGAGAUGCUUAUUAGGCAUCUAGAGGAAAUGCUGAGUGUGCUGAUAGAUCUAUGUAUCUGGAGUUCAGGAAAAGGUCUAUAUUGGAAAAAUAAAGUGUGAACAGUCAUUGGUCACUGGCAUAGAGAUGGACAUUCAAGCCACAAGUCUGAAUGGGAUCAUUCAGGGAGGUGAGUGUGUCUGAAGCAGAGAAACCACCUAAAGAGAGUGUCCUUGGGCACUGCAGUAUUUUUGAAGUAGAGAAAGGACAUCCAGAAAUAAAGUGUAACAUGCAAGCCAAGAAGAGAAAGUGUUUCUAAAAAGGGGGGAGUGGUUGACCUUGUCUAGGCAGCUGCUGGGCAGAUUAAAAUAAGAACUGAAAACUGACCAUUGGAUUUGACAUACUCAUGAGGGACCUUGACAAGAGACAUUUCUGUGGAAUGAUAGGAGAAAAAGUCCUCAGGAAUAAGUUCAGUAAAAAAUAGGAGGGGAAGUGAAGAUGAAAUACAUAGAUAACUUUUUCAAGAGCAUGAGGGGAAAGGAAGCAGAGAACUAGGUGGUCGUUGGAAGGGAAUUACCAGUUAUGUCAGAAAAGGGAUCUUAUGUGUCCCAAUGAGUGCAGGAAAGGGUCAAGGUUGCCAGGCGUAGUGCCCUCUGCCUCUGAUAGUCUCUGGGGUGGAAAAUGUCCCCUGUUCCCUGGGCACUAUUUUCCUUGUCAGGGUUAAUGACUGAAGCCUGGCUGACAUAAUUUGUGAUCUGGUCUUCUUGACUUGAUCAAGAGUGUGGUAGUACUUCCUGGCUGGCUCGUCCUCAUCCUUGAGUGUUACAUCUUCCAUCUCUCCCACAGGCACCGCAGGUCACCCUUAGCUCAGAGGUCACCAAGUCCUGCCAAGGUGAAUACCAUGUUAGGUACACUGCUCUCAAGUCCAAGACCAUACCACACUCAACUCAAGGUGGCUACACGGAGACCCAAUGUCUCCUUUAUUGUGGUCUAGUUUACUCUGAAGUGGCAAGUUCCAAAGUGAUAUACAGUGGCUCACCUCCCACGUUAAGCUCAUUUAAUAAACAUCUAACACAGAGACACAUACACACCCGUGUCAGAAGCCACAGUAGAAAGUCAGCACUAUGUUCACCCUUUUCUCUACUUACCUACUCUCAUUCCCCAGGAUGGAAAGCAAGAAAGCUUUACCUACAUUUGAUCCCCAUUCUACAAAUGAACAGCAAAUCUUAAAGACAGAAAAUGUAUUUUCUUUACACUACAAGAAAAUGCUGUGAUUUUGAACUCACUCCCUAGUUUUCCAGGCUAGAUUGUUCAUCUACUAAAUGGCACGGAAGGAGGAAAGCCAAAGAAAUUUAGCAAAUCCCUUCUUAAACGAAUCCUCUGUCCUCCAGAGCUACUGUCCUGCCAGUUCACUCCCCUAGCAGAUAAAUGCCUUAAGCUACAGAGGAAAGGCAUCUUAAUCAGAAAGGCAAAUGAGAAGAGCCUCGAAGUAAGAGGGCUGUGGCAGGUCUAUCUUGGCAGGUCUUUCUCACGAGGAAUGACAGGCAUUACCUCUCACCACACCUCAGCUCUGCAGCUCAGAAUCGUACCUUACCAGCACAAAGGGGCAUAUCUCCCGUAGUUGGACUCACAUUAAAGUCCAGAACACUGACGGAUAAAAUCUGAGUGCCAGAUUAUGGAUUUACAAAUGAGAACUUUCACUGAACUUUUCUAUCCCCCAGCCAGGACACUUUCUUCCCCUGCAAGCACAAUACAUAGGAAGUCACGCUUUCAUCAGAAGGUUGCUUGCUGAGCAGAGACUCAGGGCAAGUGGAGUUAAUUACAUGAGUCCAGUGUUUAACGUCACCAGGCUUCUCCACCUUGAAGCAUCCAUCCCCAUGGUAGGAUACACCUUCAGAAGACACAUCCUUGACUCUGGAAACUUUCUUUCCUUAUCAGAGUUGAGUGAGCCCUGAGCUCUGCCAUCAAAGCUUUGUCUCUGAGAAGCUCUUUUCAUUGCUUCUAUAGCCAACCAAGUCCCUUUUGAUGGACCUUUAUUUCUUUAAGAUUUGAUAAUAUAGCACUUUCAAUCAAGAUACAGUUUUUCAGAUGCAGUGAUUUUGUCUCUUCAUUAUUUAUUGAUUGAAAAGCUUAACUCAGAGCAAUAUUUCCAAACUUCCCUCGUAAUUAGAAUCACUUAAGGCCCUUUAUUUAAAUUAAAAAAAAUACAUCUUUCUAGGCCCUUUCCCUGGAUAUUAUGAUUUAGUAGGUCAGUGAUUAGGGAGUAGAUCUUAUUAUUAACAAGUACCCAAUUGAUUUUUAUCUUCAAGGAGUUUGGAGAAUCAUCGUUUUAGAGAAGAAUCUAAUAUACCUUAUUUCUAUGACUGGGCGCCUCAUUAUAGCCUACAUACACCAACAACCUGUACAACAACCUGUAUAUCUACACUUUUACAAGCAGCUCAUAAAACUGACCUGGGAGGCAGUAUAAAACAGAGAUUUAGAAAACUGCUUCUGAAACUUAAGUGUACAUAUGAAUCACACAGGAAUCUGGCUAAAAUGUAGGUGUUGAUGAGUAGGUCUGGGAUGGAGCCCAGAACCCUGCAUUUCUAACAAGCUCACAGGGAUGCCCACUGCUGCUGCCCCUCAGACACAGUUGGAGGUUAGAGGUUAGGCUUUGAACUAACUGCCUUGGUUCAACUCCCAGUUUUGAAGUUCAUCAUCAAGUUUUGAGGUGCUCUUUCAGUUGCCCUGAGUGAUCCUGGACUUUUUACUUCUCCUUUCUGUAACUCAGUUUUCUUGUUUUAAAAAUGGAGCUGACGCUAGUAUCUACUGCACAGUAUUGCUAUGAGGAUUGCAUGAUGUUAAAGGUGCUUAGAAAAGACCCUAUGGUGAGUUCUGCACAAAUGACAGCUCUCAUUGACAUCUUGGUGCCAUGGCUUGGUUUCAGCUAUCAAGACUAGUAAUAAAUGCACAUUUAAAAACAUUUUUGCUUACAGUGUGUCUUCUAAAAGAAAAAUCCUAAAAUCAAAAUUUUCUAUGGAUGACACGAUAACUAGUUUCACUUAACAGUUUUACAAUGAACUUUCUGCAUUUUGUUAAUUCUAGGAAUUCUCUUAACUGGAUUUCAUUCACUCCAUUUCCCUUAAAGCACCUGCUCAGCGAGAAAAGAGUCACAGCAGAAGAUCUCUAGUCGACAAAAUUAUUUCCACCUUAGUCUGAACCCCAAUUGUUACAAAACUGUUCCGUCACUUUAUUUCUUCAGGUUAAAUUCUCCCGAGGAAGGAUCAGUAUAGUUUUGUCCUUAAAAAGACAAUUACCCUAAAUUAACACUAUAAACUAAGCUCAAUUUGACACAUGUCAGAACUCAGUAAGUGCUUGUUGAAUAAAUGGGUGAAUGGAUGGACAGAUGAAGGUAUUAACAUAAUUCCUAAAAAUCCUGUUUCAACUUUCCUCCCAACAAAAUCUGAGUAAAACUUAUGUUAUAAGGAGAAGAAAAUGAUUUUAGGCAAAUAUUUUCCAUUAUGGUAUGCUGUAUCUCAGUAAUUCUCAAUUUGAGCUGCACAUAGAAAUUACCCAGGGAAAUUAUACUGAUUUCAGAGUUUCACCUUUCCUAGAAAUUUUGAUAUAAUUGGUCAGAGUAUGAUGUAGCCACUGGGAGUCUUAAAAGGUCUCCAAGUGUUUCUAAUGUGCAACCAAGGUUGAGAUCCAUGGUUCUGUCUGCUAUGGAUAACUGAUAUAUUAUUAGAAAAUUUCAAAAAUGAUAUAUAACUCCUCAGUCUUAUUAAAUUUAUAUUAGUCUUUGGUUCCACAGAUAGAAUUAUAAAUUGUAUUGCUGUAAUACAGAUUCCAGGUACUAACGCCCCUUUGAAAACUUGUAUUAUAAUCAUGUCACUAAAAUCAGUAUUGUAAAGAAGAGUCUUUUGAGACAUGAAAUAGUGGUUUUCAAGAUGUGAAAAUCAAGUUAUGCCCUAGGACUUUUUUUCUUUUAAAAUUAUAUUUUAAAACUAAUGGAGCUUUUUAAAAAACAGAAAUGCACCCAACUGCCAUAUACAAGAGGAAGACACAGCUGAGUUUGUUUGGGGGUCAUUUUCCAAAACAAGCUCUUCCAACAACUCUGCUAAAUAAGACUAUCAUGAUGAACAUUCUUUUGCUUUUUUAGCCAGGUGGUUCUACAAUGCUUAUAGGUACCCAGACAGCUUCUAAAGUAUUUGUCCCAUCUGUUUUUGUAGUCGUUGCUCUAUUCUUUCUUGUUUUCUUAAAAUGUAGCACAGAGCAUGAAUCAAGUUGAGCUGUUCUUAGAGAAGAGGCUUUGUCUCAGCAUCACAUGUGAAUCAUUUAAAUUCUACCUAACAAUCCAGUUAUGGCAUUAAGGCCUUAUGUUAUGUACCAGUGAGUAAGAACUACCACAGAGAAAUGAGUUUCCUUAGUAAACUGAUUACUUUCAGAAAAAUGGUGACACAGAUGUAUACUUUUAUCUCUGUAGAUUUUAGCACUCAAAGGGUAAAUGGUUCAUUACAAUAUUGUUCAUUGUGAACAAUCUUUCAAUUUUUAAAAUUUAAACCUCUCUUAAUAAAAGAAGUGCAACAAUAUAUAUUUUCAAUAUUUUUAAAGCUCCCCUAAAGUAACAUUACAUAAAUAAAUGGAUUGAGAUUUAACAGAGGUAAAAUCAUGUUUCUAAGCUAAAAACUAAAAAGAAAGCAGCAGGUACUUAUAAAAUACUUCCCCUCAUUCCUCAUUCUGUUUUAUUUCAUUAAUGUUUAAGUGAAUUUUAAAUUACCAAAUUAAUAUAUUUCUGCAGUCUCCCUUACAACUUAAAAUCUUACAGAUUAGAGUGAUUUUGACACCGUUCCCAAUUUGAGCGUCGUCCGCAUCUCCCCAGAGAUAAGCACCGUAAUGAAUGUAGUGCUUUUCACUGCCGAACUUCUUGGCUGUAAAUAACCUUACAAAUGUGCACGCAUAUGUACAUGCCAGUGGAAUACAGAGAAGCUGGCUUGGAUCCAAGCUCUACCGGACCCACCUUUACUACAAAAAUAGAAUAAUGGUAGAUAAAAUGCAAAAGAUAAAACAAAACCACAACUAGUUUCAAAAACAAGGUAAACAGACUCACGGAUCAGAAACAGAGCUGAAAUAAGAGCCAGGGUGAAACCGAGGGUAAUCAUCAGUGAAAUCCCUUACACCUGGAACCUGCCCCGCUGCUCAAGCUGCCUUUAAUUGUUGCUACAAAAGACCUCUAAGCAUCACUUACAAGCAAGAUAUUUGUCUCAGUUGAUCUGUCGGAGAUUGGACUCGGCCAUGUCUCGUUUGCUCCUGAGCCAGUUAAAACUAGUUAGAGCCGGGGCCCUCCAACUGGGCAUGCGCGAGUGUCCGCGUGGUGACCUUUUGACGUCCGAAGACCAGGAGUUGCACCCUCAGAGCACGUUCGUGCUUCCGUUUUCUAGAGGAGCGUCCUGUGAGGAGGCCUCUAGCUUAGUGGUGCCAGUGCAAAGCAGUGGUACCUUCACAUUUUCCUUAUGUCCAGUUCCUUUUCCCCACACUUCCCAGCGUCAGCUUUAUGCGGUAAAUAUCUGGAGCGCCUCAGGUUUGGAGAGGCGGACUUGAGAUGUGUUCUCCUAUCCUCUCAGUUAUCUGCCUGGUGAAUAAACACCUUCUCUGCUGCAAAUGUUGGUGUUUCAGCGUUUGGCUCCCAUGUGUGGAGCAACAAUAGUUUGCUGAAACUCUCAGUUCAAUAGCAGGCAGUGGUGGCCCUGAAUUAAGCCCCUAGGGAGCAAAGGGGACUAAAAGGACUUCCCAUGAGAUGAGGGGUACCAGAGCUCAGUUACUUUAGCAUCCUCAGUGAAUCCCUCUUCUUUUAAAAGAACAAUGACUUACCUUAGCACAUGUAGGAAAUCAGAUCCAGAGGGUAAACACAGACAAUUUGCGGGACUUGCUGGGUGGCGCAGUGGUUAAAAAUCCGCCUGCCAGUGCAGGGGACAUGGAAUCAAGCCCUGGUCCGCGAAGAGCCCACAUGCCCCAGAGCAACUAAGCCUGUGCACCACAACUACUGAGCCCAUGUGCCACAACUACUGAAGCCUGCGUGCCUAGAGCCUAUGCUCUGCAGCAAGAGAAGCCACCACAAUGAGAAGCCUGAGUACGGCAAGGAAGAGUAGACCCCACUCACUGCAACUAGAGAAAGCCCACUCGCAGCAACAAAGACCCAAUGCAGCCAAUAAAUAAAAUAAUUAAUUAAUUUUAAAAAAAGAUAAUUUGCAAGUAUCUCCCAUAAAAGUGGAGAGGAAGCGUGUGGGAAAAGUCCUGUGGGUAUAUGAUACUCUUCCUCGUCUAUUUUGUUUCCUCCCUCUAUUUAUUACUCCCUUCAAAAGUGGGAGUGCAAUCUGUCCAUCUCAAUGCAGAUGAAACUGGGAAUUUAACAAUAUUAACAGAAUCAACUAAAAGAUAUUUUUUUCACCCAGCUCGAGCAACUCCAAACAACAUCAGUGAUAAAAUACCUGUCUGAAAACAUCUUUUGUCAGUAUAAGUUCUAAACAAUUGAUGUGGUUACUGUUUUGAUAAUAUAUAUGCAAAUUUCAAAUUAGAAGUUUAAGAAAAUCAUUUAUCCUUAGAUAAAUGUUGUAUCCUACCUGGAGGAAAAUUUGGAGAACGCCAGGUUAUACAUUCCAGAUGAUUUAGAAUCCUUACAACUUGCCUGGGUGGGGUUUCUGGCUCCAGUGCCUCUGAAAUUAUAUAUUCGGGCAUUGAAAGAGUAAGUUUCAAAUAAACAAUGAUAACACUGUAAUUGUAAAGAUGAAGAAAGGGCACUUGUUACUUCAAUUCUGUCAUUCUAUGCAGCCUCCUCAAGUUUUUAUUUAUGUUCAAAAUUUUUUGGCUACAUAGACAUUUAAAGGCUGCUAGUAUCAAUCCCAGAGAAAUAAAGAUGUGAUGAGUAUUUUACUGUGAAAUGAAAUUUUUAUAAACCUCUGCCAAACUUUAUUUUUAAGGCUUUUCCUGACUAUUUAUAUAAUCGUUGCUUUGAGUAAGAGAACUAUUUUGAAAUUAAAAUGAAUGUGUUUUUGAUCAGCUAUGAACAAAGAUAGAUUAAAAAAUCUGUCUACACUUGCUAAUGAACUUAAAUACACCAAAAAGCAUUUUGAUGAAGUCAUUGACAAAUUUACAGAAGAAAAAGCUUGAACACAGGAACUUAUUUAUGCAACAAAAAGCUAAAAAGAGGUUUGUUCCCUUUUUCUAACAAAAAAUGCAUAAGAUCAUUAAAAAGUAUCAAUCCAUUACUUUUUUCUUUGUUGAACAUAGUAUUUGUUAUUCUCUAAAUUUAUUUUCUAUUUUUUACUAGCAUCACUAUAUUGAAAUUCAAUAAAAGAUAAAUCUUCACAUUAUUCAUUGCUUUUCUAGCUACUGUUAGUUUUAUUUCAUAAUUACUUAAAAAAUAGCUUUGUCAUAUUGACAAGGGAGAUGUAAAAAAAUGAUUUCGUCAUAUUGAGAAGGGAGAUGUAAAAAAAACAAACAUGACCCACUGUCAAAGGCAGAUAUGGCAGGUAAGUUCCUUUCAGUCUCCCAGUUCUGGAAGCUAAUAGCUGCAGAUGUGUUGAUGCAAUGAAAGUCAUUGUUUUGAAAUUGAGAAUGAGAGGGAAGAUUAAUACUCUCAGCAUUAUUUGUAUCAGAAAAGAAGAAUUAAUUUAUCGUAAUGAAUUUUCAAUUGAUGGCAUUAGAAUUGUACCAGAGGUCACAAAUGUGCAGCUGAAAAGCCAGAUUCUACACACAAUAUGUUUCACUUAAUCUACCCAGUGUCAUAGAAAAGAUUAAAGAGCCAACAUGUUACAUCCUAGCUAUUAGCUUGAAAUUCAAAUUUCUGGUCUUGAAAACUUGCAAGAUGUGACAUCACUGGACUCCCUACCUUUACGUGACAGCAAUUGGCUGGAGCUGGUGUGUAGCUACAGAUUUCCGUGAAGCACAACCCCCACUGCCCCUACAUUGUAGGCAUAAGGAUUUCCCCUGGCUGUGUUCAUUUCAUCCUUAACCUGCCCCAAGAGACAUUUGAAAUUGUAGCCCUGCAAAAUCCUGCCAAGAAUAUCGUCCUCCUAUCUAUCUCCUUCUCAGCUUUUAACUGAAUAAUAUUUAUUGCAUAUGCACUUUCCUUCAUUCAACAAAUCUUCGUUGAGCACCUACUAUGUUCUGGGCAGUGGGGAUACAGCAAUAAACAAGAAAAAGUAUUUGCCUCUAUGGAGCUCACAUAGUGGUUGGGGAGUGGUAGGGGGACAGAAAACAAACUGGAAAACACAUGUGUAAGCAAUAUUUUCAGACAGUGGAAAAGACUGGUGGAGAGAGUGGGAAAAAAAGUUUUCGCUGCAUUGUUCCUCAGUUUUGGUGGAGCAGUGAUGUAGUAUACUUUAGUUACAUGCACAUUGGAGAAGUUAUUGAUGUUGAAAAUUUGAGUAGACAGGGUUUCCCUAUUUACAGGGAUAGCGGAUUUAUUGUUUCAUUUGCUUGCAAAUAUGAGCUCUAAAUUUAAAUGGGAGAAAGUUGCCUGCUUGGCUGAGGAAAUUUAACUCUUCUUCAGCUUGAGAACAUGCUUUGGAAGCUGGGAGAACAUACAUCCUGGCUUGCAUAGGACAGUCCUGGUUUACAUCGUGUGGACUGAGCUUAGCUACUCAUAACGCUCCUUUACAGUCUCAAAACCAUUCAAGUUAUAAGGGCAAUCACUUAGUGAGAGGGCUAUAAAAUAUUAAAUUAUUUCAAACCUUUUUAAAAUUAUAUGGUUCCAUGGUUUACUUAGAGGGCAAUAAAAUAUCACAUAAUUUAAAUAUUAAUUAUAUCAAAUACCAUUAAUCAAAUGUAUCCUAAUUUUGAAGGAACAAAAUACUUUCAGAUACUAUAUAUUUCCCAAUAGCUAAUGAUUAGCUGGUCUUGUGCUCAUUACAUCUUUGUUCAUUUCCUGUGAUAGGGACAAGGCAGAAGGCUUGAGGUUGAAAAGUGAUAACUUGUUGCUUAGAAAAAAGGUAUUAACACAGAAUGUAUGCAUAAAGAAGGAAAUGGAAUUGGGGUGUUUUAAUCAUUGGAUGGAGCACAUCGGUUCAGGUUAUGGAGCAGGUUUUAUUUUAUGCUGAAGGAUGUACCCUGGAAAUGGAAUGAUAAGUAGUUCUUUGGUGAUGGAAUGGUAAGUAGUUUGAAUAUGGGGAUUUUAGGAAGGUUUUCUGAGAGCUGAUAGGAACUGGUCACAGGAAGUCUGGGAGCUAAGUAAGGGGUUCAUUCAGCUAUUUGCUUACAUUCUUGAAGUGACGUAACAAUAAUUAAAUACACCUGCAGCAGCCAAGCUGGAAAGAGAUCAGGUCCUCAAAUACCUGCUUCCAUAGCCAAGAUCCAAACCUGCCUGGCAACUCCAUCCCACAAGCAAGUCCACUCCCAGAGCUUCCCAUCCAGAUUCCAGCUUCUCUAAAUGGUCGGUACAAAAACCUUCUUUGAACCAAGAUCUAACUUCAAAACAAGCUCAUUUUGCAGAAAGAACGGCUUUCAGCCUAUUAUAUGUCCAAAUAGACAGUAUAACAGAGAGGUCAAAUGGCAUUGUUCGAGAACAAAUAGUUUUCUUCAGUUUCUCAGAAAGGAAAGUCUAUGCAGAGGAUAUUUUCUCCCUGGAUCAAUAUAAUGUGUUUUAACCUCUUUAAAGUACAUAACAUUCACUAAUACUAAUUUUGAAGUGGCUGCAUUCAGGGUAUAGGUAUAAAUAUACUAACUCCUUUCCUGAUCAUAAGAAUGACAAUGAAUAUAUAGGAAAGUGAAAAACAAUGAACUAGAACAAAGAAACUAAAAGCAAUUAAGACCUUUGAGUUAGGUAUGAUUUUCAUACCUGUGUUUAGAUCUCAUAGUAGAUGGUCCUAGAUUUUAAUUCAAAAUGAAUUGGUUCACAUGGUAGCUUUCUAACCACAGGGGAGAUUUUUAUCCUUAUCCUCAUCAUCACCAUUAUCACUGCUGUCAUUACCAUGACGGAAGAUCCCAUUGCCUUUAACCAAUGCCAUCUGUCCUUGAUAAAUAGAAAGAUUUCCUCAAAAAGAAAUCUGAUACUCUUUUUCUUUCUUUUCUCUUCUUCCUCCCUGUCCUUUCUCUCUCUCGCUCUUUUUUUUUUUUUUUUGUCAUCAUAAACUAAAAUCUAAAUGGGGUAAUUAUUUUAAUUUUUAAAUAUAUUUCUAAUGUAAAUAAUCUGUUUUCCCAAACAGUUUAACCUGGAUAGUUUUUACUCAAUUACUUUAAUAGUUCUUUUCAAAGAAAGAUCACAUUAUUUAAUGAAUUUUAGAGUCUAAUUAAUUUUGAUCAAUUACUGCAGAUCUGAAAUGUUUAAGAAUUGAAAGAAAAAUAAAACUUGGACAAGUGUCUCAGAAAUCAUCUGGCUGUAAAACUAAACACAAUGGAAGAAAAUCUUCACUUAUUUAUAUAAACACAUGGAAGACUGUCAGUUUUUCUUUACAAAACAAAUAUAUACAAAUCUAAACAUACUUUUACCACACUAUCAACUGUGUUCCUCAGUAUUUACCCAAAAGAGUUGAAAACUAUGUCCACACAAAAACCUGCACAUCAGUGUUUAUAGAAGCUUUAUUUAUAAUUGCCAAAACCUGUAAGCAACCAAGAUGUCCUUCUGCAGGUAAAUGGAUAAAUAAACUGUGGUACAUCCAGACAAUGGAAUAUUAUUCACCACUAAAAAGAAAUGAGCUAUCAAGCUAAGGAAAGACAUAGAGGAAGCUUACAUGCAUAUUAUUAAGUGAAAGAAGCCAAUCUAAGAAGGCUACAUCAGAGAAAUGCAAGUCAAAGCCACAAUGAGGUAUCACCUCACACCAAUCAGAAUGGCCAUCAUCACAAAGUCUGGAAACAACCAAUGUUGGAGAGGGUGUGGAGAAAAGGGAACUCUCCUGCACUGUUGGUGGGACUGUAAGUUGGUACAGCCACUAUGGAAAACAAUUUGGAGGUUCCUUAAAAAACUACAAAUAGAACUACCAUAUGAUCCAGUAAUCCCACUCCUGGGCAUAUACCCAAAGAAAACUAUAAUCCCAAAAGAAACUUGUACCAUAAUGUUUAUUGCAGCACUCUUUACAAUAGCCAGGACAUGGAAGCAACCUAAAUGCCCAUCAACAAAUGAAUGGAUACAGAAGAUGUGGCAUAUAUAUACAAUGGAAUAUUACUCAGCUAUAAAAAGGGAUGAGAUGGAGCUAUACGUAAUGAGGUGGAUAGAACUACAAUCUGUCAUACAGAGUGAAGUAAGUCAGAAAGAGAAGGACAAAUAUUGUAUGCUAACUCACAUAUACGGAAUCUAAAAAUGGUACUGAUGAACUCAGUGACAAGAACAAGGAAGCAGAUACAGAGAAUGGACUGGAGAACUCGAGGUAUGGGAGGGGGCGGGGGGUGAAGGGGAAACUGAGAAGAAGCGAGAGAGUAGCACAGACAUAUAUAUACUACCAACUGUAAAAUAGUGAGUGGGAAGUUGUU